AUGGAGUAAAAAAAAACAACAUAUUGUACUCUAAAUUACAUAGCCUCUAAAAUUUUGAUGGCAAAUCUGAUCAUUCUAAUGUAGUAGAUAUAUGGUCAUUUGGCGUUAUUAUUUAUACUUUCAAUAGAAACACCUUCUUUUGAAACCUAAGAUAUAACAACAUAUAAGAAAAUUAAAGUAUGUUAAUAUACAUUCCCUGAUCAUGUAGUAAUAUCAAAUAAUGCUAAAAAUGUUAAUUAUAGAUCCAAGUAAAAAUCCUACUUUAGUUACAACUUAUAUCAUUCGUUAAUGACAUCCAAUUCAAUUUUCAAAAAUCUGCUCAUAUUUCAACUUUAGUUGGUCCACUUUCUUUGUCAUAGAUUAAAAUAUUAAUUAACUUAAACAUUUCAAAUAAAGACUACCUGA